AUUUAUGUGCAGGUAAGAAUCUUUUUCCUCGAGUCAUCACUGAGAAGAAGAGGCAACAUAGACGUGAAAACGAUUGAAUCAAAGGAAGGAAAGUUCAAAGUUGAAUAAUAAGAAGCACCUCUGAGCAGAGAGCAAUUUUCCACCUUCUUCUUCAUCAUCGAUGGCGUCAGUAGGAGGAAGUGCGGCGGCGCCUCCACCUCCGCUGCUGCCUAAGGAAUCUUUUUUCCGGCGCUACAAGUUCCUUUGGCCUAUGAUCUUGGCUGUCAAUUUGUCUGUUGGAGCUUAUCUUGUCUUGAGGACCAAAAAGAAAGAUGUGGGAACUGAUGCAGGAGAAGUGUCUGAUAGUCCUAGUAAUUCAGUUUCAUCAUCAGCUGCUAUUACUGCAGCACCUCCUGUGCAGCCUGCUAUUGUUCGUGAACCAAUUUCAGGAGAACAACAGCGUGAAAUAUUUAAGUGGAUAUUGGAAGAAAAGAGAAAACUUAAGCCAAAAGAUCCGGAGGAGAAAAGGCGCAUUGAUGAUGAGAAAGCCAUUCUCAAGCAGUUUAUUCGAGCUAAGUCCAUUCCAAGCCUGUAAAGACUUGAUUGAGGUUGGAUUUUCCCCUUUUUGUUUUUACUGCAAAGACGGCGCUGAAGAAUCAGUUUGCUUGGAUAUGAGUAGACAUAGGAUGUAUCUGAAUCUGUGGCUUUUGUAAGAAAUCUGUAAAUAGAGGUGCUUUCUUCUUUACAUUUGAAAUACGAAUCGAAUAUAGCACAAGUGUGAGUAAAUUUUAAUAUCAUAAUCAUUUCUACUCUAUAUUGUAUUGUUCCAUUCAUUGAAUGUUGCUCCAGAGAAGGACAUGGUGAAACAUAAGAUAGUAGUCAACUUUCUUUUGA